AUGGUGUGCACCCUGCUGUCCCGGAAUCUGGAGAUGGAGCGGGAGCAGGUUUCAUUUGAGGACGUAGCCGUGGACUUCAGCCGGGAGGAGUGGCAGGACCUGGAUGCUGCCCAGAGGACCCUCUACAGGGAUGUGAUGCUGGAGACCUACAGCAGCCUGGCGUCCUUGGGUCACUGUCUGAAAAAACCUGAGUUGAUCUUCAAGCUGGAGCAAGGACUUGGGCCAUGUACUGCAGCAGAAGCCUCGGACAGGAGCCUCCCAGAUCUUCCUAUAUUGACUACCCAGAAUGUGACCAGCCAGGAAAAUCAUAAGGUGCAUUUGUGGGAAGUUGAAACUCUCCAAACCAAGGCAUCAAGUGAGAAGAUUGCAGAGCUAAAGGAGCAGCAGAAAACCCAUCCAGGGUCAAAGUCCUGUGGAACUGAAGCGCAUAGGAAGACUUUUCACCAGAAAUCAAAGGGCACCAGGAGUCGAAAGUCUCAGACCCGUAGGAAAGUCACCCGUCAUGUGUCAGCUCUCAGUGAAGCUCGGGGGCUUCGGAAGAGUGGGCAAGGCAGGGAAGCUUCCUUCCAGAGCUCCCGUGCUACCGUGUGUCAGGAAGCGCCUACGGAUGUGCAAUGUUGUGAACGUACGGAAUGCAGAAAGGCUUUCUCCCUCAGGUCAUACCUCACCCAACAUCAGAAAAUCCACACAGGCAAGAAGGCCUUUGAGUGUUCAGAGUGUGGGAGGGCCUUCUACACCAAGGGGAAACUGACUGUGCAUCAGAUAAUUCAUACAGGGGAGAAGCCCUACAAGUGUACAGGGUGUGGGAAGGCUUUCUCCCUCAAGACGUACCUCACCCAACAUCAGAAAAUCCACACAGGCAAGAAGCCUUAUGAAUGUGCAGAGUGUGGGAAAGCCUUCUACCGAUUAGCACACCUCACUUUACAUCAGAGAACUCACACCAAUGAGAAGCCCUAUGCUUGUACAAAAUGCCAGAAGUCUUUCUACUGCCAGUCCCAGCUUAAGCUACAUCAGCGAACUCAUACGGGUGAGAAGCCUUUUAAGUGCAUGGAAUGUGGAAGACCUUUCUACUAUAAGUCACACCUAACUCGACAUCAGAGAAUUCACAGCAAUGAGAAGAAGCCCUUUGAAUGUGCAGAAUGUGAGAAAGCCUUCUACUGCAAGUCGGACCUCACUGCGCAUCAGAGGUCUCACACGGGCGAGAAGCCCUAUGCCUGUAUGGAGUGUGGGAAAUCAUUCCACCAUAAGUCCACACUCCUUCUACAUCAGAGGACUCACGUAGGCGAGAAGUCGUAUGCGUGCUCAGACUGUGGCAAAGUUUUCUACUGCAAGUCACAUCUCACUCUACAUCAGACCAUACAUACAGAUACACGCCCCUAUGUGUGCACAGAGUGUGGCAAAUAUUUCUACUAUAAGUCACAACUCAUUGUACAUGGACGGACUCACACAGGCGAUAAGCCCUAUGAAUGUAGAGAAUGUGGGAAAGCCUUCUCCCGCAAGCCACACCUCACUCGACAUCAAAGUACUCACACAGGUAAGAGUGAUUUGAAUGCAAAUCAUGUGGGAAUGCUUUCUGCUGCCAGUCACAACUCGCGGUACACCAGGGAGCACACGCAUGUGGCAGGCGUUCUGAAGGAAAAGAAUGCAGGAUAG